CUGCAGAAUUGGAUGUGAAGGCCCCACCUCUCAGGAGCCAGGUCUGUAUAUAAGGUGCUACCUAUGCUCUGGACUUUCAACUGAAAGCAGCUCCUUCGCUGCACAGGAAGAAUGACAGCUCCAGAGGCUCUCGUUUCUGUCACCAACCUGGCGACUCCUUGCAGCAUCUCUGUUGCUGGGGGCUUUCUGCUUGGGAUGUUGGUGAAUAUCCGUGGCUCAGUGCCAAAGGACAGCCAGAGGUUUGAUGUGAACUUUCUCUGUGGCGGGGACAGAAAGAAUGAAAUCGCCUUUCACUUUAACCCCCGCUUCGAAGAGGACAGGGACAGAGUCCUUUUCAACAGCAAGCUGAACAAAGAGUGGGGCCAAGCAGAAGAGAGCUCUACUAACCCUUUCCGCAAAGGGAAGAGCUUCCUGCUGCAGUUUGUCAUUACUAAAAACGGCUACCGGGUGAUUGUGGACAACAAGCCCUUCUAUGAGUACUCGCAUCGUAUCCCGAUUGAGCAAGUGAAAAACCUCCAGGUGGCCUGGACUGUGGAGUUGCAGCAAAUUGAGAUCUUCAAAGACAGCAACAUCAGGAGCUCUACAUCCUCUGAAACCAAAUAGAGUGAUUCUGGCAGUGCUGUAGGUGGCACCCACAAUAAGCAGGCAGUCACAGGCAACUUCUCUAUGUGAGGUGACCACUGAGCAGAUGUAGUCAGGUUGCUGGGGGUUGAGGAUUUGCCAACAAACAGGCCAUUCUGCUCUCCCCACCUCCAAAUGGGGCACUUUUUGAAUCUGGUAAAAUAAAAACGAUGGUGUGUGUUGAUUUUAAAUCAGUCUAUAGAAUCAGGGAAGCGUUAC